UUUCAGCUUAGUAGAGGAGAAUUAGUAGUUUUAUAGAUAAACAUUUUGUGUAAUAUAAAUUUAUAGUAAAAUUUUGGUGAAAAUUCCUAGCACGAUAAAAUGGAUAUAGAACAAUCGACUCCAGAAUUGAGCACGGCUCAUACAGUAGACUUGAACAAUGACCGAUUGGACUGCGAGCAUCUUGACGAGUUAACCGAAAGGUGGAUGGAUCCAAAUAGACCCUCCUUUAUUACGGUGUUGUUGCGCUUCUUUGGCAACAUCUUCGUGGAUUGCUUCAGAGCCAUAUUUGCUUAAAAAUCUAAGAUGUGUACCAUAAUUAAAAUUUUGGCAAAUAAAUAUACAACAAUUUCUUCAGUAUUGGAAUAGUUUA